AUGACAUCAGGUUAUCAUGAUAACUCAGUUGAAGGAGAUUGGAGAUGGAUUGACUGCGGAGGAACCACUGAUUGGCAGCGUAACCUGUGGUCCUCUGGUUACCCUGGCAACGAAAGAGAUGAUUGUGGUGUCCUCUUGCCUACCGGAGAGAUUGAUGACGUCGUAUGUGACAUUCCAAUCAACUAUUUCUUAUGCGAAGUCAGCCCUAAAGGUUUUACACCAGACGAAGCCAGACCAACCAAUCUAAUUGCUGAAGUAACAUCCACCCUCACUGUUACUCUGAAGUGGGAUGUUUCCCCUUUUUACUGUGAUGUGUUUGGAUAUCGAAUCCAAGUUACCAAUGAACAGAUGGAAACCACUCAAGAGGUGGUCUAUGGAGGUAAAACUAGUGAGGUAGAGAUAUCUUUGGACCGUGUCAGGACAGAGUAUUCCUUCACUGUGGCUGCGUGGACGAUCUUGGAUGAGGAACUGGCUGUGAUUGGUCCAGCUGUUGCUACGACAGGUUCUUGUCCGGACAGUUAUGAGGAGAGCCCCGGUGGACGAUGUUAUCUGUUCAGAAAUCUGACCAAUGGGGAGUGGUGGCCGGCAGGGAGGAGGUCAUGUGACAACACAGUGGACGGUGACCUUGUGAUCAUCAAUGAUGAGGAGGAAUUGAACUAUAUCAUGAACAGGACCUCUGAAAUUGAUCCAGAUGGAAAAUGGUGGAUUGGACUAUCUGAUCUUACUGCUGAUGAUGACUGGCAAUGGGUGGAUUGUACAGAGUCUAACGACUGGCAGAACCGUCUCUGGGCACCGGGUUACCCCACCUGCGAUGAUACACACGACUGUGCAGUCUUGAACCCCGAUGGCACCAUCCAAGAUGACGCUUGUGAUCUACGCAUCAACUCAAUCUGUGAGAUAUCUCCUAAAGAGUUUGAUGAACAAGCUGUGAUGGUUGGAAACCUGAUGGUCUCUGCAUCCUUACCCACCAGUCUAGAGGUUUCAUGGUCUCUGCCUGUAUAUGGCUGCAGUGCAGUCGGGUACCGCAUCUAUUAUUCCAUUGCAGAUAGCAUGGACGACAAGGAAUCCAUGUUUGUACAAGGAGGUGAUGCCACGCACGCAGUCGUACAAGAUCUACGUGCCAAUACGACAUAUAAUGUGACAGUAGCUAUCUACAACAACAAGGACAUUGAACUGGAGGAAUCUCAAGCUGUUGAGGGAACAACAAUGCCCUGCCCGGCUGAUUACGAGGAGGGCCCAAACGGUCACUGCUACUGGUUUGCUGUGACCACGUAUGGUUAUAUGUGGCAUUGGGGCCGGCAGGGCUGCUCUGAAGAACCUGAUUCUGACCUGGUCAUCAUCAAUGAUGAGGAGGAGCUCGACUUCCUUCAUAAUCGUACAGCUGAGCUGGCUGAAGAUAGGGACUGGUGGAUUGGACUGUCCAGCUCUCCAGCUUGGUCCUGGACUGACUGUGAGGAACUCAACCCUUGGCAGGACACCCUAUGGGCACCUGGUAAUCCUCAGCCCGAAGGCUACGGCUGUGCUGCCCUUGAUGAUUCCGGAGAGGUCGUAGACAAAGGCUGUGAUAUCAAGCAUCAUUUCAUCUGUGAGAUAUCUCCCAGAGGUUUUUCAGACGAGGAGGAGAAUGUUGAGGAAAUCAAGGCCAGUCCGUUGAUGUAUGGCAUGGAGGUUAGCUGGACCCUAGCUCCAAAGCAUUGCAACGUUGAGGCUUACCAGAUCAUUUACAAGGAAGACAUGGAGGAAGCCAGGGAAUUCUUUGAUCUUCAGUACGGAGAAGAUUCUUCAUCUACAAUGGUGACUGGCCUUUACCCUAAUAGAACGUACAACGUAUCGGUAGCAGCUUUCCUCAACACGGAAGUGCUAUUGAGCCCUGUAGGACCAGUACAAAUAACUACACCUGCAUGCCCUGAUGACUACGAAGAGGGACCUAACGGCCACUGCUACCGCUUCAGGAUUCUAGACAAUGGAACGCGGUGGAUGAGAGGCAGGCAGACGUGCGAUAACGUGGAUGAUUCCGACUAUGUCAUCAUCAACGAUGAGGAAGAACUCAACUUUCUUCUGAAUCGAAGUGCAGAGGUGGAUCCCGAAAUGAACUGGUGGAUAGGUCUGUCUGAUUUGUCCAUGCCUGGAUCCUGGGGAUGGGUGGAUUGUAGCACCCCUACAGCAGGGCAGGAAGGGCUAUGGGCACCGGACUACCCCACCGGUCAGCCGUCCCGCUGUGCGGCCCUCCGGCCUGAUGGACGGGUAAUUGACCUCCCCUGUGAGACCAGGCUUAGCUACCUCUGUGAACUCCUUCCUAAAGGUUUUGAUUCUGAUGCACUCAUGGUCUAUAAUGUAACCGCACAGGGGUACUCUAACUAUAUUGAUGUUAGCUGGGUGCUUCCUGAGAAUAAUUGUGAUGCUAUUGGCUAUGUCAUCUACUACCAGAUGUCAGAUGGAACAGGGGAAAGAAAAUCAGUGUAUGUGAGUGGUGGAGAGUCUACCAGUGGUGCAAUUACAGCGUUACCACUUGGCGCUUCAUACUCCAUGACUAUAGCAGUGAGCACUAGCAAAGAGAUGGAACUCCAAGAAACGGCACCAGUCAAUGCAUCUACAGCUUCAUCUUGCCCGGAUAACUACGAGGAGGGUCCCAACGGAGGAUGCUAUCGCUUCCGGCUCGAGGACGUCGGUACUUGGUGGACGUACAGGAGACAGGCUUGCGUCUUUGAUGUCGACUACUCGGAUCUCCUCGUGAUCAACGACCAGGAAGAGUUUGACUUUGUGAUGAACAGGACAGCAGAGAUGAGCGCUGAUGCUAGCUGGUGGAUUGGGUACACUGAUCAGUCCGUAGAGGGAGACUGGAGGUGGAUGGACACUUGCGAGGAAUCUACUGCUUUCCAGGGUUCCCUCUGGGCUCCUGGUUCCCCCAGCAUCCAAGCUCAUGACUGCGCUGCUCUCCAGCCCACAGGUGAUGUCAUUGACCUCGUCUGUGAUGCACUCAUCCGUGGCUUUGUAUGUGAGGUGGCAUCUAGAGAGUUUGAUUGGGGAGAUGCUAACGUCCAGGAUCUGAUGGCCACAGGAAUCACGGUUGGUCUGGAGGUGACUUGGACAGUGUCUUCAACGAGCUGCGAUGUGAUCGGAUACAAGAUCACUUACCAGCUUGAUGAACCCGGUUCACAGACAGAGUUUAUGCUUGUGUACGGUGGAGACGUUGAUAGUGUUACCAUCUCUGGGCUGCUACCUGACAGGAGAUACACCGUGGGUGUAGGAGUAAUUCUCAACCUGGACGCUGAGCUCACUCCUAUCACUACCGUUGGAACCACAUUAACCUGCCCAAACAAUUACGAGGAAGGACCAAACGGUCACUGCUACCGCUUCAGGAUCCUAGACGAUGGUGCUCAUUGGCCUACUGGUCGAAGGACGUGUGACAACGUGGAAGACUCUGAUCUAGCCGUGAUCAACGAUCCUGAGGAACUGGCUUUUCUUGUCAACAGGAGUGCAGAAGUGAACCCAGAUAUGACCUGGUGGAUUGGUUUAUCCGAUUUGUACAUUGAGGGUGAGUGGAGAUGGGUAGACUGUUCUACCACCACCGGAUACCAAGACACCCUUUGGGCUCCUGAUUACCCCUCUGAUGUUGGUCUGUCCUGUGCUGCUCUUCAGUCCAGCGGAGACAUCAUCAACCUUCCUUGUGAUAGACGAUUCAGCUACCUCUGUGAACUCAAUCCUAAAGGUUUUGAUCUCAACUCUCAAGUUGUUGAGAAUGUAAGAGCAUCAGGAGGGAUGUAUACCAUUAACGUCACUUGGGAUCUACCAGAGAAUGGAUGUAAUGCUGUGGGAUACAAGAUCUAUUAUGAAUUAACAGGAGUGGAGAGUGAUGUAUUGAGAUCAGUAUUUGUCAGUGGUGGUGAUUCUGUGAGUGGCUCCGUCACUGGUCUCCUCGCCAACGCAUCCUAUGACAUCAAGGUUGCCAUUUUGACGAGCAAAGAUAUUGAGCUUGGUGAUACAGAACCGGUCACUGUUUCAACAGUGCCAUGCCCAGAUGGCUAUGAGGAGGGGCCCAACGGCCGCUGCUAUCGCUUCAGAAUCCUUGACUUAGGUUCCUGGUGGCCCACGGGACGAAGGACCUGCGACAACGAGCCUGACUCUGACCUGGCUAUCAUCAAUGAUCAAGUGGAGCUGGAUUUCUUGAUCAAUAGGACUGCCGAGAUCGAUCCUAACAUCACGUGGUGGAUAGGCUACUCUGACCAGUCUGUGGAGGGUGACUGGCGUUGGGUCGAUUGCACCGAGUCAACUACCUGGCAGGAUGCAUUGUGGGUACCUGAUCACCCUGGUAACGGUCGUCUGGACUGUGCAGCCCUGCAGCCUGACGGUCAGGUCGUGGACUUGGUUUGUGAUACACCGCUCAGUUAUCUGUGUGAGAUUUCACCGAGAGGAUUCAGUCAGGAAGAUGCCAAUCCUGAUAACCUUGCUGCCAUGGCGGGAACGACCUACGGUCUAGAGGUCACAUGGACCGUAUCUCCGACCAGCUGUGAUGUGAUUGGCUAUCGUAUCUCCUACUACUUGACUGGAGAUAUAUCAACCAGGUCAUCAAUUAUGGUCUAUGGUGGUGAUACGUCUAGUGCAUUAGUAAGUGGCUUAGCAACCAACACAACCUAUGAUGUCACAGUAGCAGCGUAUAUUAGCAAAGAUGCAGAGCUGAGUCCUGUAGGCCCAGUCACAGCUACAACAGUGCCAUGCCCAGAUGGCUAUGAGGAGGGACCCAACGGCCGCUGCUAUCGCUUCAGAAUCCUUGACUUAGGUUCCUGGUGGCCCACUGGACGAAGGACCUGUGACAACGAGCCUGACUCUGACCUGGCCAUCAUCAACGAUCAAGUGGAGCUGGAUUUCUUGAUCAAUAGGACUGCCGAGAUCGAUCCUAACAUCAUGUGGUGGAUAGGCUACUCUGACCAGUCUGUGGAGGGUGACUGGCGUUGGGUCGAUUGCACCGAGUCAACUACCUGGCAGAAUGCAUUGUGGGUACCUGAUCACCCUGGUAACGGUCGUCUGGACUGUGCAGCCUUGCAGCCUGACGGUCAGGUCGUGGACUUGGUUUGUGAUACACCGCUCAGUUAUCUGUGUGAGAUUUCACCGAGAGGAUUCAGUCAGGAAGAUGCCAAUCCUCAUGACCUUGCUGCCAUGGGAACGACCUAUGGCCUGGAAGUCACAUGGACCGUAUCUCCGACCAGCUGUGAUGUGAUUGGCUAUCGUAUCUCCUAUUACUUGACUGGAGAUAUAUCUACCAGUGGAUCAACUUUUGUCUAUGGUGGGGAUACGUCUAGUGCAGUAGUACGUGGCUUAGCAACCAACUCAACCUAUGAUGUCACAGUAGCAGCAUAUAUUAGCAAAGAUAUAGAGCUGAGUCCUAUAGACCCAGUCACAGCUACAACAGACCCAUGUCCAGACGACUACAGCCUCGCUCCCAAUGGAAGAUGUUACCUCUUCGUCCAGAGCAGCCUUGGGUCCUUCUGGCACUACAGUAGGGGAACCUGUUGGGCGCAGAAGGACUCUGACCUAGCUAUCAUCAACGACCAGGAGGAACUGGACUUUAUUGUGCAGCAGAUAGCUGCGAUUGGGGAUACCAAGAACUGGUGGUUAGGUUAUUCCGAUAACUCUGUGGAGGGUGAAUGGAGGUGGGUGGACUGCACGGAAUCAAACGACUGGCAGAUGACCCUCUGGGCUCCUGGUUCCCCUGGCAACGAGAUGCCAGACUGUGGGUCUUUGUCAUCGUCGGGAGAAGUAGAAGCUCAAGUCUGCGAUGUGCCGCUCAAUUAUGUCUGUGAGGUAUCACCUAAAGGUUUUGAUCCAAUGGAGCUAAAGGUUGAGAAUCUUGAGACGAGUGGAGCUUCUUAUGGAGUUGAUGUAUCAUGGACGCUACCAGAGAAUAACUGUGACGCUUUUGGCUACAAGAUAUACUAUCAGGAGAUGGACAGUGACACGGAAGAAUUUAAGAUCAUCUAUGGUGGAGACUCCAUUGGUGCUCGUGUAGCAGGCCUUCUACCAAAUACUACACUGGAUGUAAGUGUAGCUGUCUUGAUCGUAGACGAUGAGCUGGAGAGAGUUGGACCUAUCAUCGGCGUAUCUGACCCGUGUCCCACUGGCUAUGAGCAAGCAGCGAAUGGCCGGUGCUACUGGUUCCAAGACUUUGGUCGCUAUGGUGGAGGCUGGGAUAAUGCAAGAUAUUAUUGCGGUGAAGCAGCAGGGAAUUUUGAUCAUGACCUGAUGAUUAUCGAUGAUGAAUGGGAAUUGGAAUACAUCACAAACAGGACCAGAGAGUUCAAUGACAGUAAAGAUUGGAGAAUAGGCUACUCUGACCUGGCCGAGGAGGGGGUGUGGAAGUGGGUCACAUGUGAGUCACCUGAUGCAUGGCAGCAGAGUCUUUGGGCACCGGGCUACCCACAGAACGGUCUAGAUGACUGCGGCGUGUUUGAUCCUGAUAACAUGACCAUCUAUGAUCAGGUCUGUGACGUGGGUGACUUCAAUUUUAUCUGCGAAGUCACACCAAAAGAUUUUCGUGUAGGAGAUGACAACGUCUUUAAUCUCAAUGCCACUGCCAUUGGAUGGGAUACCAUACGAGUCACCUGGAACGUGUCUGAAUACAACUGUGAUGUCAUUGCUUACAACAUCUACUAUCUGGAUACCUUCUUGGGAGGUCAGCCUGAGUGGGCUCUUGUGUAUGGUGGUGAAGUAGAUAGCUACGACAUCACCAUGGUACAGCCAAGCACUCGUUACAGCAUCAGUGUCUCCGCUGAGCGACAGGAAGUAGAGCUCCCUCAAGUGGGACCAGUCUACGUCACAACACCUGAAGGACCAUGUCCGGCUUACUAUGAGUCUGGCCCUAACGGAGGCUGCUAUCGAUUCGUCACUAGCCAGUAUGGUUCUAUAUGGACUAGCGGAAGCAGUGGGUGUUCAUCGGUCGAAGACUCUGACCUGGUGGUCAUCGACAACCAGAUGGAGUUUGAUUUUAUCGUCAAUCGCACAAAGGAUUUCAAUCUAAUUAGAGAUUGGUGGAUAGGGUUCUCUGAUUUCUCUGUGGAGUCUGACUGGCGAUGGGUGACCUGUGAGGCCCCUACCGACUGGCAGAACACCAUCUGGGAGACUGGUUACCCUAGAAACGGUCUCCAUGACUGUGGGGCUCUCAGUUCAGACAGCCGUCAAGUAAUUGAUGCUGUCUGUGACACACCCAAUUAUUAUAUCUGCGAGAUUACACCAAAAGGUUUUACCGAUGCUGAUAUGAACAUACGUGAUGUGAUGGCAUCCCCCAUAUCUAGCACUGAGGUACAUGUCACUUGGAUGCUUUCCAACAUCACAUGCAACGUCUAUGGAUACAAGAUCUAUUACGGCAUACAAGGAGAACCAUUUGAAAUUACGCAGUUCCAUCUGGUCUACGGUGGUAACAUCACAUCUUUGACUGUAUCCUCACUGACACCCUCGAUGCCCUAUGAGUUCCAUGUUGCUGCUCUGAUCCCUGAUAGACUGGAGCUACCAAAGAUAGGACCAGCUAAUGCAACCACAUAUUCAGAAUGUGGACGGACCGUCGUAGACGAGGAUGGUAUGAUUAUGAAUGCUGACUACCCCAAUGGAUACGCUGGUCCUGAGACAUGUGAAUGGCUCGUCAGUGCUCCCUCGGACCAGUACGUCCUUCUGCAGAUACUUGACUUUGACACCCGUGCCGGAGCUGACUUUGUGGUGAUCGGUAGCGGCCUUGACUUUUCUACAGAGACCACCCUCUAUGUUCUUUCCGGGUCUAGGGCCAACGCUGGGACCACACCCAUCCCUGGCAAGGUACUCAGUCCGGGUCAACACCUGUGGAUAUCCUUCAAGACCUCAGAAGCGACCCUUGAUCAUGCCGGGUUCCAGAUGGCUGUCACAAUGGUCGCUCAAGGUCCUGGUACACCUGAAAGACAAUAUGAAGAGAUCACAGAGGAAGGAACCUUCACAUCGCCGGGAUGGCCAGAUAACCACCCAAAUCUUGUGGACUUAACAUGGACCCUGCUUGCUCCCAAGACUGGUCGAGUCCGAAUCACCUCCCUCGAGGGCUUCCUGGAAAGCGACUACGACACGCUCACCAUCGGGUACGGAAACCCGGAUUCCUCUGUCCUCGGCUUCUACACAGGGGACUUCAAAAUCGACGAGACCCUGGAGUCGCCCACUUAUAACUUCUGGGUGCGGUUCCAAGCCGAUGAGACGGUAUCCAAUAAGGGUUUUACCCUGAACUGGGAGUCAUUUGAUGAUCAAGAAUCCUGUGGGACCCAAGAGUUGCUGGAAGGUUCUGGGACCGUGAUGUCUCCGAACUAUCCUCAACCCUACCCUGACAACCAGGAAUGUACUUGGUAUAUCAGACUACCCAGUAUGAAUCAUCUAGUGAGGAUAGAGUUCACUGCCUUCUCACUGGAAGAGAACCAUGAUUUCUUAGUGGUCGGUACAGGAAAGACAGUCAACGAGGAAGUGAUAGCCAUACUGACUGGAGGCUCUCUACCUGCUCCCAUAGACAGUGCUAGUUACCGUAUGUGGCUACAGUUCAAGACUGACGAGUCCUUCUCAGCUACAGGAUUCUCUCUGGAGUAUUCUAGCAUAGACAACCCAGAACCACCCACACCGUACAAUGAGAUCACUGAUUCUGUCGUCUUCAUUGUAGAAGGUGAACCUGUAGGUUGGUUCACCCCUACACGUCAGCAAGACUUGGCCACCGGUAUAGCUAUUUCAAUGACUGAUUACUGCAUGGAUAGAUCAGAUACAUGUGAGGAGAUGGUAUCAGUAAGAAGGAGAAGAGAUGCAGGCAUCCUACAGCUCACAUUCAGCGCGGAGGAUGUCGAGUUCCUUGACACCGUCGCCGUAGAGGACGACCUCCACAUCACCAUGUGGGUGGGCAAUCCCAGCAUGGUUGACGAGGACAUCGUCAGGGGGAUCGAACCGGAGAUCGUGCAAACCUCUCUCAUGGAAGAGACCUCGCAGACGACUCUCGAGGAGAUCAUGGGGGAGGGGUUUGCUUACAGGGUGACCCCCAAUGCGCUGACUCCGACCAACGGACCCGGGGGAACCGAACCCCCUCCCCAGGGUCUUGAACCUUGGGCCAUCUCGUUGAUUGUGGUGGCAAGCUUUGCUGUGGUUUUAGCAGCGGUUGUUGGACUAGAGGUCAGACAUCGAAGGAAAAAAGCGAAAUUGCAGACCCCUGAUGGGUUAAUGGGAUCACAGGAGCUCCACACAAAGAGCUACGAAGAACCAGAUUAUGCAGUGCCUUUAAGCCGGUCAGAUAGAUAUGCUGCUGAUGCCAGUGGCCAAGAGUGA